UUUAGUCUUACAGCCAUUAUUACUACUGACUACUUAAUAGCUUUGUGUAGAUAAGAGUGGUGGUUGAGCCAUUUCUUCUUUUGGCUCCCUUGAUUCCCUCAGGGAUCUAGAUAUCUGUUUUUAUCGUUGGAUGCUUUAACAGUGUAAAGCUUCAUACCGUAAGGCUUGUUGAUUGAUGGGGUCUGAAGGGCCUCCUGCUGUAACCAUCCAUGUGACUGGUUUUAAAAAAUUUCAUGGAGUUGCGGAGAAUCCUACUGAGACAAUUGUCAGUAAUCUAAAAGAGUAUGUGAAAAAAAGGGGUUUGCCCAAAGGGGUAAUCCUUGGCAGUUGCAGUAUUCUUGAGACUGCAGGACAGGGAGCAGUUGUUCCUUUAUAUCAGACACUGCAAUCUGUUAUCAGCACAGCUGAGAACGAGUCAUCCACUCCUGGUAGAGUUAUUUGGGUCCAUUUCGGAGUUAAUAGUGGUGCAACAAAGUUUGCAAUAGAGAAUCAAGCAGUCAAUGAAGCUACAUUUCGCUGCCCUGAUGAGAUGGGGUGGAAGCCUCAGAAAGUCCCUAUUAUCCCAGCAGAUGGUGGAAUUUCAAGAGCACGAGAGACUUCUCUUCCUGUUGAAGAGAUCACAAAGGCAUUGGCAAAGAUGGGCUAUGAAGUGAUGACCUCUGAUGAUGCUGGCCGAUUUGUGUGCAACUAUGUAUACUAUCAUUCCUUGCGUUUCGCAGAGCAGAAUGGAAUCAAAUCUCUAUUUGUACAUGUGCCUCUCUUCUUUACUAUAGAUGAGGAGACACAAAUGCAAUUUGCUGCUUCCUUAUUGGAGGUACUUGCCUCUUUAUCUUAGACUAUCACAUUCUUGUCUCUCUUUUCAUCUCGAUCUGGUGGCAUAUUUGCCUCGUCGUGGUGGUCGUGCAUGUGACGAUGGAUGCAGAUAUCUCUGUGUCAAGCUUCAAUAAACUUUUGAUUGUAUGUGGAAUGGAAAUGCGAUUUUUGCUGAUGAAUGAUAUCAUAUAUCAGGGGUUGUGUUACGAUAUUUGAGAAGCACAAUGGCUUUUGAAUAUUGAAGCAAUGGUUCAUGUUGAUUUGGUGUAUCUGAUUGCAGCUUUUCAAGUUUCCUUUACUGAACGCCACAAAUUUUCUCCUCCUGCUCAUAAAAUUUCUUUGCAGAUGGAGACAAGACUCUUUAAUUCAGGUUUUACUAUUACUGUGUUUCUAAAUGCUGUAUUUGUUUGAUCCAAUUUC